ACCCUUUCAAGAAACCCUAAAUUAAUGUGCUUUAAAAGCACACAGCCUCACCCUCAAACCCUUCGUUUCCAGCCAAAAAAACGAAAAUGGUUGCCUCAGCCGCCGCACGACCCCUCGUCACCGUCCAAGGCCUUGACGGUGACAUGAGCACCGAUCAAUCCACCACCGUCACUUUACCUGACGUCAUGACUGCUCCCGUUCGACCAGACAUCGUCAACUUCGUCCACGCCCAAAUCUCCAACAAUAGCCGUCAGCCUUACGCAGUCUCCAAAAAAGCCGGUCACCAAACCUCUGCCGAGUCAUGGGGAACCGGAAGAGCCGUGUCUCGUAUCCCUCGUGUCCCUGGUGGUGGAACUCACCGUGCCGGUCAAGCAGCUUUCGGUAACAUGUGUCGUGGUGGUCGUAUGUUUGCUCCGACUAAGAUCUGGAGACGCUGGCACCGUCGUGUCAAUGUCAACAUGAAGAGGCACGCGAUUGUUUCUGCAAUCGCCGCUACUGCUGUUCCAGCUCUUGUGAUGGCUCGUGGUCACAAGAUCGAGAACGUUCCUGAGAUGCCUCUUGUUGUUAGUGAUUCAGUUGAAGCUGUGGAGAAGACUUCAGCUGCGAUCAAGGUAUUGAAGCAGAUCGGUGCUUACGACGAUGCCGAGAAAGCUAAGAACAGUAUUGGAAUUCGUCCUGGUAAAGGUAAAAUGAGGAAUCGUCGUUACAUUUCUAGGAAAGGUCCUCUUGUUGUGUAUGGAACUGAAGGAGCCAAGAUUGUGAAAGCUUUUAGGAAUCUUCCUGGUGUUGAGCUUUGUCAUGUUGAGAGACUUAACUUGUUGAAAUUAGCUCCUGGUGGUCACCUUGGUAGGUUUGUGAUUUGGACUAAGUCAGCUUUUGAUAAGCUUGAAUCUAUCUAUGGCUCGUUUGAGAAACCAUCAGAGAAGAAGAAGGGUUACGUCUUGCCUCGUUCGAAGAUGUUGAAUGCUGAUCUUGCUAGGAUUAUUAACUCUGAUGAGGUACAGAGUGUGGUGAACCCGAUUAAGAAAGAUGCGAAGAGAGCUGUUCUGAAGAAGAAUCCAUUGAAGAACUUUAAUGUGAUGCUCAAGUUGAAUCCUUAUGCUAAGACUGCUAAGAGGAUGUCUCUGUUGGCUGAAGCUCAAAGGGUUAAGGCUAAGAAGGAGAAGCUCGAGAAGAAGAGGAAGGUCGUCACUAAGGAGGAGGCCCAAGCGAUCAAAGCAGCAGGCAAGGCAUGGUACCAGACAAUGAUUUCAGACAGUGACUACACCGAGUUUGAUAACUUCACCAAGUGGCUUGGCGCUACUAUUGGAGGGUCUGCUGCAAACCCGAAUGUGAUUGUUGUGUACAUUGACGGAGACGGGAGCUUCCUAAAUAGUCUUCAUGAGCUACCUACUCUCCAUACAGAGAAUCUUCCUAUCAAGAUACUUUUCCUAAACAACCACCACUUUGAAGCUUGUAGGAUCCCAUCGACGCAUGUGUCCAGGAGAGAAGAGCUACAAGGGGCUAUACAGACCAUGCUCGACACACCUGGUUCAUAUUUGCUUGAUGUGGUAGCUCCAAGCCAAAAGGAGAUUGCAUGAUCGAUCAAAAUUCCAAGCCAUCAAACAUGGAGUGGUGAUUGAUUAUCUAACUUUGUGGCCUUUCCAGCUUUUUAGAAAUUUAGUUUUCCUCUGUUGAACUGUUACUUGGUUUUUACUAGACUACCACUGGUCCAAUCGUUAGUUUACUUGGCCUUGUAUGGUUCUCUAUUAAAUUUGCACUUGUUUG